CGGCCACGCCUCUUCCUCUUCUUCCCCCCAUAUGAUCGUCAUUCUCCACACGGCGUCUCUCCGCGGCCAUGGUAACAGCACCGUCUAACGGACUACUGCAGACAACAACAGAAACAAGUGCUUCUCUUUGAGACAGUUCCAGCACAGAAACAUUGUCCUCCGUUUAAGAUGAACCUGGCAGAGAUCUGUGACAACGCUAAGAAGGGCAGAGAGUAUGCUCUGCUGGGGAACUAUGACUCCUCUAUGGUCUACUACCAGGGAGUGAUCCAGCAGAUACAUAAGCACGGCCAAGCCCUCAGAGACCCUGCACUCAAAGUCAAGUGGCAACAGGUGAGACAGGAGUUGUUGGAGGAGUAUGAGCAGGUGAAAGGCAUUGUGGGAACUCUGGAGAGUUUUAAGGUGGACAAGCCAGCUGACUUCCCCGUCCCUCAGUCUGAGGAGGGCCCCAGAGACCCUGCAGUGUGGCCCCCACCCACCCCUGCAGAGCACAGGGCCCCUACUGCAGUGAAGCGUCCUAACAGUGGGGUGAAACCCCAGCAGAGGAAGGACUCUCCAGGUAUGCAGCCCAGAGGGGCUCCGGGAGGGAGGGGCCAGACCAACCCUAAAACAGACCGCCCCGCCCCCAGGGAUGCCCCCCGAGGCACCAAGGUCAGAGACGACAAGGGUAAAAAGGCUGUAGUAGAGGGAGCAGGGGAUGGAGAGCUGAAGAAGUUUGAUGGUUCGGGGUACGACAGUGACUUAGUGGAGGCACUGGAGAGAGACAUCGUCUCCCGCAACCCCAACAUACACUGGGGGGACAUUGCUGACCUGGAAGAUGCUAAGAAGCUGCUGAGAGAAGCGGUGGUUCUGCCCAUGUGGAUGCCAGACUUCUUCAAGGGUAUACGCCGACCCUGGAAGGGUGUGUUGAUGGUGGGCCCACCAGGGACAGGAAAGACCAUGCUGGCUAAAGCCGUGGCUACAGAGUGUGGCACCACCUUCUUCAACGUAUCCUCCUCCACACUCACCUCCAAAUACAGAGGAGAGUCUGAGAAACUGGUUCGCCUGCUCUUUGAGAUGGCGAGGUUCUAUGCCCCGACCACCAUCUUCAUAGAUGAGAUAGACUCCAUUUGUGGGAGUCGAGGGAAGUCGGACGAACACGAAGCCAGCCGCAGAGUCAAGUCAGAAAUACUGGUACAGAUGGACGGUGUGGGGGGAGCUUCAGAGAAUGACGAUCCCUCUAAGAUGGUGAUGGUUCUGGCUGCUACUAACUUCCCCUGGGACAUCGACGAGGCACUACGGAGACGACUAGAGAAGAGAAUCUACAUCCCACUGCCUACAGCUGUGGGUCGUGCUGAACUGCUGGGGAUCAGUCUAAAGGAGGUGGAUGUGGCUGAUGAUGUGGACCUGGCUCUCAUCGCUGACAAGAUAGACGGAUACUCUGGAGCUGACAUCACCAACGUCUGCAGAGAUGCGUCUAUGAUGGCUAUGCGUCGGCGUAUCCAGGGCCUCUCUCCAGAGGAGAUCAGAGCUCUGUCUAAAGAAGAGCUUCAGAUGCCUGUCACCAUGGACGACUUCACAAUCACCUUGAAGAAGAUCUCCAAGUCUGUCUCCGCUGCCGACUUGGAGAAGUACCAGGCCUGGAUGGAGGAGUUUGGAUCUGUCUAGAGAGAGGACACAGCAUCAGGAGUGGAAGAAAGGACUGUAAGAACAGAGUGGGAAAGGACCAGUGGGGAUUGGAGGGGGAGAGGACCAGUGGGGAUUGGAGGAGGAGAGGACCAGUGGGGAUUUGAGAGGGAGAGGACCAGUGGGGAUUGGAGAGGGAGAGGACCA